CUCUCUCUCUCUCUCCGGUCUCUGGCGCUCUGCUUUCAGCGGGGCACAGCGCGAGGCAGCCGGGGUGUUUUCUGCUGCUUCACCGGGGAUUACAACGCUAGACUGUCCGCACGCCUCUGCACCUGAACCGAAAACCGAGUUGAACUGUCUCAGCCGGUGUCUGGAGGUUGGAUCAUUAUCAUCACCUCCAUUAUGAUCAUGGUGUCAGGCCCUGGGAGGUGUCCCGGCGGGGUUAUCCGGUGCCUGGUGUCCGCCUGUCUGCUGUCUCUGCUGCUCUACCUGCCUGAGGCGCGGGCGUCUUAUUAUCCACAGAGCGGGGAGUGCAAAGGCAAAGGGAAGGACUGCACAGAUCUGUCAGAGAAGAAGAGCGACCUGAGGGUUUGCGAUGACUCUACCUGUCGAUUCGGAGGCGUCUGCAGGGACGACGGCGCUCAGCUCAAAUGUGUCUGCCAGUUCCAGUGCCACAAAAACUACAUCCCUGUGUGUGGCUCGAACGGAGACACCUACCAGAACGAGUGCUACAGGCGACAGGCGUCCUGCAAACAGCAGAGACUCAUCUCGCGGGUGUCUGACGGCCCCUGCUCCGCCGAUCCUGGCUCCGGAUCAGGAGACGGAGACGACGAUGAGGGUUCAGGCUCCGACGUCGGGAAGAAGUUCACCAAGUGCAGCACAUGUAAAUAUGGAGCAGAGUGUGAUGAAGACUCAGAGGACGUGUGGUGCAUAUGUAACAUCGAUUGCAGCGGUCACAAUGAAAACCCAGUGUGUGCCACUGAUGGAAACUCCUACAACAACCCCUGUCUGGUCAGAGAGGCGUCAUGCAUGAAGCAGGAGCAGAUCGACGUCAAACACCUGGGCAGGUGCCCCGCUGACAAAGAAAAACUGGGGAAGAAAGAUGACAGCAGUCCCUUCAAAAUAAAUGUCUUAGAAACCACAGGUCUGGAUCAUGGUGAUGGUUUCUACGCCGGUAUGCCUAUCCCCUGCGCCGAUAGCUACGCUGGCUUCUGUGUUCACGGGAAAUGUGAGAUCAAGUACAACAUGGCCACCUGCAGAUGUGACUCAGGCUACAAAGGUACGCAGUGCGAUGAACCGCAGGACUUCAACAUCCUCUACGUGGUCCCCAGUGGACAGAAACUGCACUACGUCCUCAUCGCCGCCAUCAUCGGCGCCGUGCAAAUUGCCAUCAUCGUCGCCGUGGUGAUGUGCAUCACAAGGAAAUGUCCAAAAAACAACAGAGGUCGCCGGCAAAAACAAAACCUCGGACACUUUUCCUCGGACACUAACUCCAGGAUGGUAUAGCCGUGUGUGUCGGGGGUUCUUUUUGAUAAGUUUUUUCUUACGGCGUGGGAAUGCCAUUUUUUAACGGUAGAUGUGUGGUAUUCAUUUAUUUUUUCUCCUGGGAAACCAUAAAAAAAAGAAGAAUGAGAAUAUUUAUUUAAGGGGCCUUAUUUUCUCUCCUUUCUGCUUUGAAUGGAAUUGUUGCGCAUUUAUUUGUGCAUUCUGUUUUUUUUUUUGUUUGUUUGUUUGUUUUGGCCGCAAGACCAAGAAGAAGAAGCUGAAUCGACAGAACCCACUGUCACUUUACAUUGUUACCAUGUGUAAUGUCUUAAUUACUUUAACUGCUUCAUUAGAGGUUUCGUUGAAUGCUUUAUGAAUAUGGUACCUUUGGUGAACUGGCUAACAGAGUAAUGUCUGCUCCUCUGGAAUGUGCUAUUUAUUGAAAAUGAUUACUUUUAUGCCCCUCUCUGUUUCACUUUUUACUAAUAAUGUGCAGCUGAUCACCAAAUGCAGUUUGUUUUAAAUUUUUUGUCCAUUUUUGUAGGAGGUGAGAAGGGGCCAGCCGGUGAUAUAGAUAUGUUUACACUUAUUCUUUGGUAUGAAAUUCUGUGUAAAGACUUCACUGUGUUUAAACAAGCUAAUAAUUUAUUAUUAUUAUUAUAAUUAUUAUUUUCUUCAAAGUAGUUUUUACUCAAGGUUUAUAUGUUAACUUUUAUUUUAAAACAUUGCUUUCUAAAUUCUAGUUCCUGUAUAUUCGCAUGACUUGUGAAAACUGUGUACCGUGGUGUAGUUUUAAAACUUUUUAAAAAGAAAAGCUGACGGCUUCGACGCCUCCUCCAUCUCAGAGCCGCAGAGAUCCGGCGACGGUGGAGGAAAACCCAAAGUCGGACAGAAGAAGGGAGGAGACUGAGUGGGAGGUGUUUUGUCUGUGUUAACGAAAAGGAAUGUGUAAUAUUUUAAAAUCAGUCUGUUGUCUUUAUCAGGAGAAAGAACAAAAACACUUUGAUGGUGGGAAAAUCUCGGAGUACGUUCUCCCAAAAACCACUUUUGCUUUAAUGAGGAACAGAUUUGUGUCGAUUGUAACGCUCAGAGGCGGGAAUGUUUUUUUGCGAUCUCCGUUCCGAAAUCUGAAUUCAGAGGAUUGUAAAGGAAGGGUGUCGCCUGUCAGACUGUCUGCAAACUGAGGUAAACUUGUAGUGAUACUUUUCAUGUAACAGGAAGAAGUUUUGGUUGCUGGAUGAUGGCUGCAAUCGAGGCUUUUCUAUGAAUGUGAGAGAAAAAUGUUGUCUUGUUUUUUCUUUCUUUUAUUUGUCUUAAUUUUGCAUUUGCUUCUCUGUGAGACAUUCCAAGCACAGAGAAUCCCUCACGAUAAUAAUCCUUUGGGCAAUAUUUAAGACCACAUCUCUUUCUGGUAUGAACAUGCAAUCAGAUACAAGUCGUAACUAACGUCUCUGAGCGUAAUGGCUUAGGAAGUCAUAGCAUUAAGCAGAGAUAACAGACAAAUACUGUAUUUAGAAAAGGCAGCCAGACAAGAAAACAUACAGCAGAUUUGGUCUCACCACUGUCUCGAUGGACACUGUACUUCCAAUGAAUGAAAAUGCCUUUUCUGUGUUGUUCCCUUGUGUCCUUGACUUCACUGUAACACAACCUGUUGUUAUACUCUUUAUGUCGAGUUAUAAGUUUUAUAUCAAAGUCCCAUCAUGUCUUUGCAAACUGUCUGAAACUGAUAACUGAAUUGUGUUGAUGUAUAAAUUCCACCUCCCUCCCACCUCAGCACGGUUGCUCUGUAUCAGCUUUUUUUGAGGAUACAAUUUAUGUCUCACAAUAAACCAAUCAUUGCAAGGUCAAUCACAAAGGAAACCUUCUAGUAGCGUCCAGCGAUGACGCCUUGACAGGUUUAAGUUUAUGUAAAUGGAUCCUUCAGUUCCUUCACAUGAGUGCAACUGUAUACUGUAUUUGUCAUGUUCAGUAAUGGGGAGGUCAGAGACAUCCUAUCUUACUCAGUAGAGUUUGGUAUCUGAGAGCAGAAGCUGACAGCACUUACAAAGUCAAAUUGUCACAGUGUUUUCCAGCAGUAUUUUAACCCCAUUCUCACCUGUUCAUUUCACAUUAGAUAGCUGAUUCUCUUCAUGAAAGUCUAUUAAUGCCAUAUCUUUACCAGGCAUCAAAAUCGUCAAAGUUGAUUUGUUCCAAUAACUUGAACGCUCCUAAAUUCCACAAACAAAAUGUUUAAAUGUUCUGUUUCGUCUCGUGUGGUGAAGACAGGUGAGCAGUAUAUUCUGAAUCAGGACUUUCAAGGGCAAUUAUCCAUCCAUCCAUCCAUUAGGUGUACUGCUUAUCCUUUGAGGGGGGCUGGAGCCAAUCCCAUCUGACAUUGGGUGAGACGUGGGGUACACUUGCACAAGUCGCCAGUCUAUCACAGGGCUGAGAUAUAGAGAUAAAACAACCAUUCACCCUCAUUCACACUUAGGGUCAAUUUAAAGUCACCAAUUAACCUGCAUGUCUUCGGACAACAUGAACCCAGAACCUUGAGGCGACAGAACCAACCACUGUAUCAUCUUGCCGCCAAUUAUCUAUGCAUUAACUCUGCUUCCAUUUACAUUACUGAGCAACUUAAACAACUACAACUGAAACUGCAAGAAGAGAAAAAGAACUUAAAGACAGUGAUGAGCAGUUGUGGAAAUAAUAAACAGGAAGUCGGAGCAAAAAAGUCUCGAACCUACAGUGGCCUGAGGGUUCAUUCACACCAGCAUCGAAAGUUUGGAACAGAAUCGAAUGCUGACCUUCAAGGUAACGGAGAGCCGAGGAGUCUUAAUGGAAGAAGCCACUGUAUCAGCAGUGUAGCACCAGUCUGGUGACAAGCUAGCAUGUACCUAGGUUGCUAAUAUAUUACUGUAAGCUCACUUUCCAAAGUAGUUCGCAGACUGGCCGCUGUAAUUCACUGUCUGAACAUCCAAAGUAUAGCUACAACUAGCCGGAAUAAACUUCUGAUGCCAGAAAAUAUAGCCAAUAGCAUCAGUCCUCAACCACAGCUGGCUGGAUGCAAGCUUGAUAGCUCUACCAUUAUCAGUAAAAAAAACGGAAGUCAUGCUAAGUUUAGCUAGCAAGAUAGCUAAUUAAGCAGAUAGCCUUGGUGGAUCGCAUGAAAAGUGAAAGCUAAAGAGAGAAUGUCAAACUUUCUAACCUUGUGUCAAUGUUGAACAAUUGGUUUCAGAAAGAUACAGAAGUGAUCAGAGACAGUCACCUCCCAAUCCAACAUCAGAAGGGUGUUUGAGGGGAGGGGAUUUCCAAAGUUAUUUGACCAUCCAAAAAGCACUUCUGACAGAGUAUACUUGCCCCUGUACAGCAAUUUACCUGCAAUGGAAGGUCCUGAUUCAGAUUUCACGAACACUGCUUUCCUUUCUGUAUCUGUGGAAGAUGAAACUCUGAGGCUGUGCUGAGGGAGGUUAGUCUUCUCUGUGUGUUUGUAGUUUUUAUUUUCUGUCACAGGAGUUUUUCUGUAAUGUCUAUAGGUCGUAGAUGAGCCGCCCUCCCCUUCCACCCCUACCCUCCGCUGAGCAACGUGUUUCUACUUGUUGUCGACCAUCGCAGCCGUAACUUCUCUAAAUGUGACUAGAAAGUGUUUGACAUGUUAAUAUUCUGCAUGUAGACUUUGAGAGGCUAUUUUUGGUCUCUGACAAAAU